AUGGCCGGCAAGAGGACGAUCCUUGCGCUCUUCAUCUGGGCCAUGGUCCUGCUGCUUAUUUUCAUGGCUGCCCACGAAAUCUUCGCUGCCGACCAGUCUGUGCGCCGACCCCCCCUUCUCACGAGCGUGCAGUUUGCUUACGAUUGGGCUGUUUCUCUUACUUUUCCCCUCGGCCCAAUAACAAAUUGCGAAGCCGCAGGCGUCUGGGACCCAGUGGUGCAAGCGCGUCGGGGAACCAAGCAGCCUGACUACGGAUAUGGAUGA